AUGUGGAAGUUCGACCAGGGAGCCUCCGGUGUUGGAUUUGGAAAUUUCAAAGAAAUCGGACCACUGGAUGAGAAUUUGCAGCCCCGGAAUUUCACGUGGCUUCGAAAAGCGGAUCUCUUAUUCGUGGACAGUCCAGUGGCAACAGGUUUCAGUUAUGUGGACGAUGAGAGCUUAGUAGUGAGAACAGACAAUGAAGCAGCAGCUGAUCUGACCACUUUGCUGAUAGAGCUCUUCAAUGGGAACGAGACCCUCCAAAAGAGUCCUCUGUACAUCUUUGCAGAAUCAUAUGGAGGCAAAUUUGCUUCUGCCCUUGGAGUAAUAGCUCUAGAAGCUAUUGAAGCUGGAAAACUGAAGGCCCAACUUGGGGGAGUUGCUUUGGGGGAUAGCUGGAUUUCUCCUGAGGACUUUGUGUUCUCAUAUGGACCUGUUCUUAAAGUCAUGUCGCGAAUCGAUGAGAACGGCUUGACUCAAUCCAACAGUUUAGCCCUGAAGAUCCAGCAGCAACUUGCAGAAGGCAAAUCGGAAGAUGCCACGGCAACAUUUCGAGACCUGGAGCAAGUCAUCCAGCAAUACAGUAAUAACGUGGACUUUUACAACUUCAUGUCAGAAUUGGAGAGCAACUCUGCGGUGGUGAAAGAGAGUAGAAGUAGCUCAACAAGAUACACAGAGAGAACCUCAACUGGAGCAUGGGCAGCCAAUAGUGACUUCAGAAGCUUGAUGAACGGACCGAUAAGAAAGAAGCUAAAGAUCAUCCCAGAUAACGUGACAUGGCAAGGACAGUUUCGCCUGGUUUUUCCAGCCAUGUAUGGAGAUUUCAUGAAACCAAGAAUUGAAGAGGUGGACAAGCGUUUAGCCAAAGGCGUAAACAUCACCAUUUACAAUGGACAGCUAGAUCUCAUAUGUGCAACAAAAGGAGCAGAAGCAUGGGUCAACAAGCUCAAGUGGGACGGUCUGAGCAAUUUCCUGAGUGAGGACCGGGUCCCUCUAUACUGUGGAAAAGGUUUUACGGGGACGAAAGGAUUCGUGAGAUCCUACAGGAACCUCUUCUUUUACUGGAUUCUCGGUGCUGGGCACAUGGUACCCAGCGACCAGCCGUGCAUUUCCUUACAAAUGGUGGGCAGCAUCACCCAGUCACCAAGCAAAUCUUAGUUUGAAAAUCAAGCAAGCUCAAAGGAGUCUAUCGUCAAUAGUAGACUUUUCCGUCUCAAGAACAAC